AUGACCUUCAUUUCUGGAGAGUACAAAGCUUCCGAAAGUUACAAUGAGGACGUCUCUGCCCCCAGUGACAAGAAUAUGGUUAUUGAGGAUCAGCCAACCGUUGGAUCUAACACUGAAAGCCCCUCAGGCAGUUUACGUCAAGGUCCUCCAGGAUUUCCUGGAUUACCAGGAGAUCCUGGAUUAAAGGGUGAAAAGGGUUAUGAAGGCAUCAUGGGCAGGACAGGCCGGACAGGAUACAGAGGUCCUAUUGGUCCUUCUGGAAUGCCUGCUAUAGUUGUGGUUAAAACCUCUGAAGAAGAAUGGGAAACUUUUAAGAAAGUCAAAGGUUCUCAGGGGAUGCCUGGUCCUCCUGGGGAUGAUGGACCAGAAGGACCUCCUGGAAUCACUGGCAAACAAGGAAAAAAAGGCAUUCAAGGAGUUAUUGGUAAAAUAGGUCCAUCUGGAUUUCCCGGUCCUCAAGGGCAUCCAGGAGCUGAAGGGACUCUGGGAUCUAUUGGUGACCCAGGUCCUGCAGGCUUACCAGGGGAGAAGGGAGCCAAAGGUUUCAGUGGAGAACCAGGCUUUAAAGGGGAUCUGGGUGAAUGGGGUGGCAUUGGAUCUCCAGGUGAUGUUGGAUUCGCUGGCUUACCUGGAGAAAUGGGCCAAAAAGGACAAAAGGGUGUUACCGGUGUGAAGGGAACAAGAGGGGACGUGGGUCCUGAUGGGGUCAUUGGCAUUCCUGGGAUACGUGGUCCACAGGGGCCACCAGGGCCUACUGGACUAGCUGGGACCAAAGGAGACCCAGGCGUUUUAGGUGAUGAAGGGGACAUUGGUGAACCAGGAUCUCCAGGGCUGAUUUUUGAUGAUUCAUUUCUGUCUCACUUCAGGGAGCAGAAGGAAAUCCUGGGAAACAGGGACCCUCAGGGGCCUGAUGCCACAAAAGGGGAAAAGGGCAGUCUAGGUUUGAAGGGUGACAUGGGGCCUCUGGGGCCUCCAGGGAAAGUCGGGCAAAAAGGAGCUCGAGGACCCCCAGGACUCGAGGGUCUUCAGGGGCCAGUUGGACCACCAGGACUUCCUGGAUCCAGUGGGAUUGAUGGAGGUACUGGAGAGCAAGGAAAACAAGGGGCUGAUGGACCAAAGGGAGACAGAGGGCUGACAGGUUUUCAAGGAUUGACUGGGCCUCGAGGUGAUAAGGGCAAAGAAGGCCACCCAGGAAACAAAGGGCUGGAAGGGACUAUUGGAUCCCAAGGGAUUGCAGGAAAAACAGGAUCUUCUGGUCUUCAGGGGUCUGUUGGAAGCAGUGGUGAAUCUGGCAGUAGAGGAAAUAAAGGGGCUCUUGGACUACCAGGUGUCAGAGGAAUUAAAGGCAAAGCAGGGUCCAGAGGACUCAAAGGAACUGAUGGACUGAAGGGGAAGAUGGGCGUGCCUGGCCCUCAGGGAUUACAAGGACCUAAUGGACCGCUGGGGAAUACUGGAGUGAUGGGUGAGGUUGGGCCCCGAGGUGCCUCAGGGGACCAGGGCCUGAAAGGUCAAGCAGGGCCCACUGGGAUUAAAGGGGAUCCAGGAAAAGACGGACCUCAGGGGUUACCUGGACCAUCGGGUGAGAAAGGAGAUAAGGGAGAGAAGGGUCAAAGAGGUUCUCCUGGGAAGUCUGGGAUCUUUGGCCCAGGGGGCAAUACUGGAUCACCUGGUGUGAAAGGACAAAAAGGUCCCAUCGGUAUUACUGCAUUACCUGGAGAAAGAGGUAUUAAUGGUAAAAAGGGUUUGUCUGGACCAAAGGGAAGUAAAGGGGAGAAGGGUAAACCAGGAUUGUUUGGCAGAAAAGGCAACAUGGUUGAUGUUAAAGGGGAAAAGGGAGCAAAAGGAGAGUUUGGGAAACAAGGCACUUUGGCCCUACAGGUGUUAAGGGGCAUACUGGACCCAGAGGCCCUCCCGGACAAUCAGGAAUCACAGGAUCUCAGGGAUCAAAGGGGAAUAGUGGGCUGCCUGGAAGGAAAGGAAAGAAAGGGUUUCAAGGAAAAGUUGGACCUGCAGGGCCACAGGGAAAAUGGGGAUCAACUGGACAGCGAGGGAAACCAGCAAGGUCUGGCUGGUAUGGAUGGUUUACUUGGUGUUGAGGGUAAUGAAGGUGAUCCUGGUGACAUUGGCUUCAAAGGUCCUCGUGGGGCAAUUGGCGUGCCUGGAAUAAUGGGCAAACCUGGAUCACCUGGAAUUUCUGGAAACAUUGGUGUUCAAGGAUUUAAGGGUCAAGAUGGACAAGUUGGAGACCAAGGACCUCCAGGACCAGUUGGCCCAAAAGGCCUCCCUGGACUUAGAGGUGAAAAAGGAAAAAUUAAAGUGAAAGGUGCAAAGGGCAGAACCGGUGGCACUGGGUUACCAGGCUCCAUUGGUCCUCAGGGGCUUAAAUUUGAUUAUGCAGGACUGGAUGUUGUGCAGUUAAGAUUUCUGCGGUUGCACAGCCACACAUCAUUUCAGCACAUGACCAUCAGCUGUAUCACAAAUCUGCCGUCCUCUGGUGGCAAGACUAAUUCAUUAAACGGGGUCUUUCACAUCCUCGGAAACACUGACCAAGAAAUAAGUUCACACUUUAUCACUGAGAAUAGCAGAGGCUGUGAGGUUGAGUUAGCUGUGAGGAUGGUGGGGAGCACCGAGCCUCAUCACGGUCCUCUGUGUUUUCUGUGA